AAAAAGCGCGAAAUCAAAAUGGCUUCGGAUGAUGAAGUGUUUGUCGACACAAAUAAUCUAACUUAUGUUAAACAGCCCACCACUGCUGAUGGCGUUGCAUCAGGAAGUAAGGCUGCUAAAGCAACUGUGAAGCAUCCUACAUAUUGGGACAUGGUACAAGAAGCUAUUUUAAAACAUGGUGGAAGAAGUGGAAUUUCUAAAUCUAAGAUAUGUGAUCACAUAAAAGAAGUUUAUCAAAUGGAAGCCAGCAAUCAGUAUGUUGUUAAAGCGAUAAAAUCAGGACUGGAGAAGAAGUUUAUUGAGAAUACCACAGGUAAUGGAGCAAGUGGAUCCUUAAAGAUAACAAAAGAACACAAAGAAACUCUUAAAAAAUUAGAAUCUGUAAAAGUUAAAAAAGAAAAAGAAAAAGCGAAAAAAGCGACUCAAGAAAGUAAAGAAGUCGAGAAACCGAAAGGAAAAAAACAAUCUAAAGAUGAUUUAGAUUUGCCAAAAGAAGUAAAAAAAACUACAAAAAAACCUCCGCUUCCGAAAGCUGGCAAAGAAAAUAAAGAACCAGAGAAGGGCAAAACAAAAGGAGGUCAAAAGACGUUAAAAGAAAAAACAAAAACGCUUAAGAAAGCAAACAGUACUGGUGAUUUGAAGAAAAAUGUAACAGCUAGUGUUGAUGAUGUAGAACCAGAAACAUCCAAGAAACCAACAUCGCGAAAAGGGAAAACAAAGCAAUGAAACUCUGUUUUUUCUGUUGAUUUAUGUAAAUAACGCCUGAGAAUAAUUUUAGCACUGGUUCUAUAAUUUAAAAUAUAAAGUAGUUUGUAAAAAAAAUUAUUUUUACUAUAUUCUCAGUUUCUGGUAAAAUGUCUGGUAAAUUUGGUAAUAUAGAGUUAUCUGAA